AGUGCCUCCUCCGCCCUACGUAGUUUGCCUAACAAAGAACGAGAAUAAUGUACAUAGACGUUUAUAUAAAUUGUUUUAAAAAGUUAUUUCACAACGUUAUCAAAUUGUUUAUUUGUAUAAACUAAAAGGAGAAAUAAUCUGGCAAUUUGGUCGUCACUGGGGCGUGGCUAAUCCCUGCACAAACGCUCACACACGUUCACACGCAUAACUUUACUGUAGCGAGCACGGUGCCUCGGCUCUCAAAGCGCUGUGCCGACUCUUGAGAAAACAGGACAUCCAGCCACCUCUCGGUGAAAGGAAAUGAAGAGGAGGCUACAUAAGAAAUACUUGAUUUUGAUUCUGGCAUAUUCAGGUUUACUUCUACUAAUCCCGUACGUGUUAGAUUAUCGGGAUAAAUCCGCUCAGCACACGAAACUGCCGCAGCAACAGCCCAGAUGCCCAGAUUUGGAGAACACUGUGGCGCUUCUGUGGGAUAACGGUUACAAAGUCAACGGCAGCGAUGUGAUGGAAUACGCUGUUAACAGGAGCCAGAGUCGGAUACACAUCUACCUACACGCCACCUGGAGAACUGGCUCCUCGUUUUUGGGGGAGUUGUUCAACCAACACCCCGAUGUUUUUUACUUAUACGAGCCGAUGUGGCACAUAUGGCAGGCUCUGUACCCCGGGGAUGCGGGCAGUCUCCAGGGUGCAGUGCGGGACAUGUUGAACGCGCUGUAUCGCUGCGACUUCUCCGUCCUCAAACUUUACGCUGGCUCGCAGAACAUCACCACCUCGUUCAUUUUUGGGUGGAAAAUGAACAAGGUGAUAUGCUCGGAGCCGCUGUGUGACGCACACAAGCGUAACGAAAUCGGGCUGGUGAAAGAGGACCAAUGUGCAAAAUGCCAAAAGAGGGACCUCAGAGAUCUGGAGAGGGAGUGUAAAAAGUACCCGGUGAUGGUGAUCAAAGGAGUCCGCGUUUUGGAUCUGAGCACCCUGGUGCCUUUGAUGAGAGAUCCCGGUGUAAACCUCCAGAUAAUUCAGCUUUUCAGAGACCCAAGGGCCGUGCACAACUCGCGCCUCAAAUCCAAACAGGCCCUGGUGAAGGAGAGCAUCCAGGUGCUGAGGAGCAAGAAGCAAACCGACAAGUAUAAGCGGCUGCUGGUGCCGAGCAACAGGAUGAACCGAGCGGAGAGCUAUGUCGCCAGCGCCAUGGAGCUGAUCUGCGAUAACUGGCUCAGCGACAUGAUGUUGGUGACGAACGCGCCUCCGUGGGUGAGGAAAAAUUACCUCCGCGUCCGCUACGAGGACCUGGUUCUGUACCCCAUGGAGGAGCUGCAGAAGCUGUACCGCUUCUCCAACCUUUCUACCUUCCCCGCUUUGGAGAGGUUCGCGCUCAACAUGACGCACGGUCACGGGUAUUCAUCCGACAAGCCGUUCCUGAUAUCAUCAAGGGAUGCAAAAGAGGCUAUAUUUGCGUGGAGGGAGAGGCUGAACGUGGAGCAGAUCAACCAGGUGGAGGCCUACUGCAACGAAGUCAUGAGGCAGUUGGGGUACGAGAAACACAAUGUGGAUAAAGCAACAUGAGGACGAGCAACGAGUAAGUUAAGGGUCCUGGUAUUCGUGGCUGAGGGCAAAAGGUGGAAUAACAAAACAGGCUGCAGGAAUGCUGUCCACUAGGAGCUCUCAAGCAUGUCUCGGGUUGUUUUCCUUCACCCGAUCCAGGUCAACGAACUGGAGAAAAUCUAAGUGGAAAGAGCAGCCAAUCAGAGACAGAUGGAUUUGAAAUGAGGAGAAGGAAGCUUAUUUUUACGGCGUUGACAUCAGCAGGGCCCCGUGCAGAUAGCGAGAAUUAGAGGAGGGGGAUAAACAAGAAAGACGAGGCUGGUUUGUGCAGCCGUUACACUGGCCGGCCUCCAUCCUUCUGUCCUUUUAGUAGCACUAAUCCCCCCUCCCUUUUAAAUCCCCCUUGCAAGUGAGGGCCAUAAAAAGCCCAAGAUGGAUCUUACUUGGAACAUGAAUCCAGGGAGUGGUAGCGUCAGGUUGGAUCUCACCUGUGUGGCUUAAUCAUCCAGGCUUUGACUAAGCAUGGCAGCAAAGAUUCUAAACCACAGCAGGCUCACUAACAAUGCUAAUGUAGAGCUCUGAAAGAAGAAACUACAGUAUUUUCUGGUAAAGGGGCCUCACUGAGGAACUUUUGUUCCACCCCCGGCCCCUCAGGAAUCCAGGCAGCUGCAGUGCCCCAUUGACAAAUCACUCACAUUGGUGUGAAUUUUUCUAAUAUAUCAGACUUCUUGGAGAUCUGCCUCCUUCCUGUACUAGUCCACCUCUGUGCAAGUUUUCACCCCGUGUUUUAUAGUUCUUAUGUAAAACUUUGUAAAAUGCUGUGGUGUCCCUCUGGUUGAGGAUCUGUUACAAAGGGAGGGUCAAACAUUUACUGGCAUCUGUGUUUUCAACUUCACAAGUUGGUUCUGUUAUAACAGUUGUCAGAAUAUCUAUAGAUGUUCUCAAAAGAAAAAAAUAAAUAAUUUUUAAACUAUUUAUACUAACUUAAAUAUAGAGUUAAACAAGAAGAAAAUGUGUGUAAAUGCUAUGUGCAUUAAUGCCGCUCAGUGUGAUUUAUAGUUUACAAGCACGUGAUCUACAUUUCUAAUGGGAGUGAAUGUGGACUUUUAAGCACAACUUGCAGUUAAUCCUUAAUAUCGCCUACUGAUCGACUGUUCAAAUGCAUAAGUGCUUAUUAUUUGUCACUUGAGCUGUUUAGUGUCACUUUUGACAAUUAAAGGAAACUCAGUGCAACAUUUAUCAAUAAAAAAAUGUGAGGGUGUGGUUUUGGCUCAGCUGCAGGGCCAAGAGGUUGGGCCAAGGUUCAGGAAACCGUGCUCUGCAAGUCUGAUUAGUACAGCUGUGAGGCAUCAUUACUUACCCUCACCCUCUUUAUCUGGAGUAAUGUGGUGAAGUUCUGCUCUGCAGGACAUCAGCCAGAAAAAAGUCUUUGCGUCAUAUGUGUGGCAGACUAACCAGGCAUAACUGUGACCACAUGCCACACGAGCGCAUGUGAAAGUGAAGGCUGGAUGUGAAUAAACGUGCUGGAAAUAGUCAAAAGGAGUCACUGUCUUCUUUGGGACACAGCAUAAAAAGUAUGGAAAAGCCUGGAAUUGUGUUUCCGACCUGAUUUUUUUAUUUUAUUUAUUUAUUUUUUGGGGGGAGCAUGGGUAAAGAAAGAAAUAAUCAGGUACAAUGUUUUAACUAUUACCAUCUUGUUUUGGCAUGCAUACACAAGUCGCUGCAUUGGCACCGUGGGAGGUUGAGGCUUAGGUGGAGGAACUGCUUGGGAGCCAACUGCAAGGUUUGCAGACACUGAACUUAAAGAUGUUCCCAGUGGGAGUGCCUUGGAUGGCUAGUAUCUUGCAUCUCAGCUAUUAUUUAAAUAUGUGUAUGAAAAAAAAACAUUGUAGAUUGCUUUAUGAACUUAUUUAACAUUAAAAGGCGCAACUUACCUGUUAGUCGCUGGUCAAUUACAAAGCAGUCCACACCAAAGCUUUUUUCAUGAGUUAUCUAUCUUGGUCUAAUCUGAGACAAAGUUUGACAUGAUAAACAGUUGAGCCCAGUAAGACCACACAAAUUCAUGAGGGAAAAGGGGAAUAAAUUAAGUGAGAAGUACAGUCAUUUUCUUUUUUUAAACCAAAGGUGUCACCCCCUGCUGUCCACUCAAGAGAAUGCAGCACAGAGCCACUUUUUUUUUUAUUGGCUUUACUUUUCUGAUCUGGAGGAGAAAUCCAUCUUUUAAGCACGCUCGAUGGUUUUUUAUGUUUAAAUUAGGCAGUACAUGGUCAGCAACAAUACUCAGGUAGGCUAUGGUGUUUGGUACUAAGGACCCCAAAGUCUUCCAAGAAAAUAUCCCCCACACCGUUACACCAUGUGGAGCUGAAAUGGAGACUCAUCAGAGCAGCAACGUUUCUCCAUCUUCUAUUGUCCAGUGUUGGUGAGUGUGUG